GAUGGUGCUGCGCAUGCUCUGCUGGGAUCCCGUUCGAUUUCUGUUGGGGGUGGGGACCCCGCGGAGUCUCCUAGCGCAACCGGAACUAUCAUUCGUGGGGCUGGCCUCCUUCAUCUCCAGCGGUCUUCGAGACCCCGCUUCCGUCCUUCUCUCCUCUUUACCCCAUAAGCUCGGCUGCUCUUUCCACUAAACAGCCGACAUGAGUGUAAGGCUGCUGGCGUUGUUUCCACCUCGGUGGCCGCGGCUGUUUCUGCUGUCGCUGAUCCUGCUAGGGGCGGCCCCAGGCCAACGUCCGAGCGACGCUUUCUACCUGCCCGGCUUGGCGCCGGUCAACUUCUGCGAGGAAGAAAAAAAGAGCGGCGAUUGCAAGGCUGAAAUAGAACUCUUUGUGAACAGGCUUGACUCAGUAGAAUCUGUUCUUCCUUAUGAAUAUACAGUAUUUGAUUUUUGCCAAGCAUCAGAAGGAAAACGCCCAUCUGAAAACCUUGGUCAGGUAUUAUUUGGGGAAAGAAUUGAACCUUCACCAUACAAGUUUACAUUUAAUAAGGAAGAGACCUGUAAACUUGUUUGUACAAAAACAUACCAUACAGAGAAAGCUGAAGAUAAGCAAAAGCUAGAAUUCUUGAAAAAGAGCAUGUUACUGAAUUAUCAGCAUCACUGGAUUGUGGAUAAUAUGCCUGUAACAUGGUGUUAUGAUGUCGAAGAUGGUCAGAGAUUCUGUAAUCCUGGAUUUCCUAUUGGUUGUUACAUUACAGAUAAAGGUCAUGCAAAAGAUGCCUGUGUUAUUAAUUCAGAAUUCCAUGAAAGAGAUACCUUUUACAUCUUCAACCAUGUUGACAUCAAAAUUUACUAUCAUGUUGUGGAGACUGGGUCCAUGGGAGCAAGAUUAGUGGCUGCUAAGCUUGAACCAAAAAGCUUCAAACAUACAUACAUAGGUAAACCGGAUUGCUCUGGACCCCCCAUGGACAUAAGUAACAAGGCUUCUGGGGAGAUCAAAAUUGCCUAUACUUACUCUGUUAGUUUCCAGGAAGAUAAAAGUAUCAGAUGGGCAUCAAGAUGGGACUAUAUUUUGGAAUCUAUGCCUCAUACUCACAUUCAGUGGUUUAGCAUAAUGAAUUCCCUGGUAAUUGUCCUCUUCUUAUCUGGAAUGGUAGCUAUGAUUAUGUUACGGACCCUGCAUAAAGAUAUUGCCAGAUAUAAUCAGAUAGAUUCUACGGAGGAUGCCCAGGAAGAAUUUGGUUGGAAACUGGUUCAUGGUGAUAUUUUCCGUCCCCCAAGAAAAGGGAUGCUGCUAUCAGUCUUUCUAGGAUCUGGGACACAAAUUUUAAUUAUGACUUUUGUAACUCUAUUUUUUGCUUGCCUGGGAUUUUUGUCACCUGCCAACAGAGGUGCCCUGAUGACUUGUGCUGUGGUCUUAUGGGUCCUGCUGGGAACUCCUGCUGGUUACGUUGCUGCCAGAUUCUAUAAGUGUUUAGGUGAACAACUUAGAUCUCUACUUUCAUAG